GCGCGGACGUGAGCGCGAGGGCGACGCGAUGGCCGCCGAGCGGCUGCAUUCGGGGGCCGGGGCGUUGCUGCUGCUGCUGCUGCUGCUGCUGCUGCUUUGCGGCGGGGCCGUUCCGCGGAGCCCGGCGCGGCCGCGCUUCUCGCCCGACUGGGCCAGCCUGGACGCGCGGCCGCUGCCGGGCUGGUUCGACGCCGCCAAGGUCGGGGUCUUCGUGCACUGGGGGGUCUUCUCGGUGCCGGCCUGGGGCUCCGAGUGGUUCUGGUGGCACUGGAAGGGCGAGCGCCUGCCCGACUACGAGCGCUUCGUCCGCGCGCGCUUCCCGCCGGGCGCGUCCUACGCCGACUUCGCCGCGCGCUUCACCGCCGACGACUUCCAGCCGGAGCAGUGGGCGCAGCUCUUCCAGGACGCCGGUGCCAGAUAUGUGGUGUUUACCACUAAGCAUCAUGAGGGCUUCACCAACUGGGGGUCCAAAACAUCCUGGAACUGGAAUUCAGUGGAUACCGGCCCCCACCGUGACUUGGUUGGUGAACUAGGAGAUGCUGUCCGAAAAAGAAACAUAUCCUAUGGACUGUAUCAUUCCCUUUUUGAAUGGUUUCAUCCAUUGUAUUUACUGGACAAAAACAAUAGCUUCAAGAGCCAGUUUUUCGUCUCUGAGAAGACUCUUCCAGAGCUUUAUGAACUUGUUCUAAGGUACAAGCCGGAUCUUAUUUGGUCGGAUGGUGAUUGGGAAGCUCCAGAUACUUACUGGAACUCAACGUCUUUCCUUGCCUGGCUGUACAACGAUAGCCCAGUAAAGGAUACUGUGGUGGUGAACGAUCGGUGGGGCUUCAACUGUUCCUGCCACCAUGGGGGCUACUACAAUUGCCAGGAUAAAUUCAAGCCUGGCACUCUGCCAGACCACAAGUGGGAGAUGUGCAGCUCUAUUGACACCAGAUCGUGGGGGUAUCGCAGCAACAUGCAAUUUUAUGAGCUCAUGGAUGACUUCAGCAUUAUUCGGGAACUUGUGAGUACUGUCAGCUAUGGAGGAAAUUACCUUCUCAACGUGGGGCCAACGAAAGAAGGGACGAUUGUUCCAAUUUUCCAAGAGAGGCUCUUGGCACUUGGGACGUGGCUGAAGAUUAACGGGGAGGCCAUUUAUGAAUCAAAGCCAUGGCGGACACAGAAGGAGAAUUGCAGUGCCGAGAUAUGGUACACUUCGAAGGGGCCUGCAGUCUAUGCUAUUUUCUUGGUUUGGCCAGAAGAUGGUGCAUUGACUCUUUCCUCACCUGUUCCGUCUGCAAGCACUCAAGCCAGUAUGUUGGGAUUCUCUAAGCCUUUGAAGUGGCAGUCAUCACCACAAAAAAAAUUGCAAGUCUUUUUGCCCACAGAAAAUCAUUGGCUUCUCCCAGUCCAGCACGGCUGGGCUAUUAAGCUACUUGGAGUAUCGUGAUGGGAAGUUUGGAAACAAAUCGCACAGUGUCUGUCCUUUUUAUCUCAUGCUUAAAGCUGGUGCUGAAACAGCAGUAGUUACCAGCCUGAAAAGAUCUGGAAGAAGAUGCACAUAAAGAAUGCAAGCUGCAGGUUGGUAAAUCUAAGCAUUUGCAUGCUGGCCGUCCCUGUGCAUUACAGUUUUCAAAGGGAUGGCUGUAAAUUGGACAUCCAACUUGAGUUAAACUUGAUAUAAUACACAAAUCCAAAAUUGUGCUGCAAUAUGUUGAAACGUCACUUUCGUGGGGAGAAAAACGGUCUCACGGAAAUUACAUUUUUUGGCACAAAACUACCCUUGGCUGUGGAAGAGGCCUCCAUUGCCUUUUUUCCAGGAACUGGCUUUGAAAUGCAAAUCUGCUUAGCUCAGGCCUGGAUGAAAAAAAUACCCUGGGGUUGCUUCAGUUGGUGACCUCAAAAGCCUCCAGAGAAGUUCUGGUUGAGGCAAAACGGAGAAACCUUGAAGCUACGCUUAAAAAUAAGCCAGGUCCGAGGGACAAGGGAACACGGCAUGAUCCAGGAUCGCUAAUGACAAACCACAAAUAAUAGAUCCCAUUAUGGGGCAAUAGAGAAUUAUAUGCCAGGUGUAGUGAAAUGGUGAAAUGACUUGAGGGGAAGAAAAACAAUGUCAUUCUUGGAAAGCAGAGCAAUUAUGACAUGCAAAUAUGUUUUCAGGUUUUCAGCAUUGGGCAAGGCAAAGGCCUGUCCUGGAAUAGGAUCUAAGACUACGUUAGUUUUCAUGAAAGUUGCAUUUAAAA